UUGUUGCUGCUGUUGCUGCUGCUUGGCUAACACACACACACACGCACACACGCACGCACGCACGCACGCACACACACGUCUUCCAAUCUGAGCUGCUUUGAGCCACACUGUUUCAUCUAGUGCUAUCAGGGCUGAUGAGAGCCUCUCGUCUUUCUGGGUCUGCCGCAGCUGCUGUGUGAAAUGCUGUGAAGGCAUGUCUGUGCGUCGUUGGUGUUUCUUCGUAACCCGGCAGACAGAGUUCAGUUGAAUUUUAACGUUUCAUGGUAUUGUUAUGGUUUUAUCAUCAUGAUAUCAACAUGGGUGUCAGUGAUUGUCAUGCUGGUGGCGUUAGUGAAUGGAGCGAGAAAUGAGGAUGACAUACAGCCGUGUGCAAAGGUCCAGACGUCUAGCUCAGUGGUGCCGUUGGGGUCACCUGUCAAAGCCACCUGUGUCAUCAGAGACGGCUGCCCUCUGGUCAUUGGACGAGCUGUUCACAUAGAGUGGCGCCUCGGAGAUCGCUUUCUCCCCAGCAGCCCCGUGGCCAAUGAGAGCGACAGGGUUUCCGAGGUUGUUAUACCGAGCUUCAAUCACACCAGGGAGAUCCUCACCUGCUGCGUCCAGGGCUCUCCUCUUCAAGUAGUAGCAGGAGUGGAGAUCAGAGCUGGAUAUCCACCAGAAGCACCACAAAACCUCAGCUGCCAGACAAACCUCACCACCAACACCUUGACCUGUAGCUGGGACCCUGGGCAGCUGGAGACCCACCUGCACACAAAGUACACCGUCCACACCGAGAUAAGUUUUAGGGAUCCAAGCGAGAAACGCACUUAUGAGCUGCCACCAGGAGUCCACAGUUAUACCAUCCCUCGCGUUGACUUUUACUUGUUCGUCGAUAUGGAAAUAUAUGUGAAGGCGGUGAAUGAACUCGGAGAAGCAACCUCAGCAACUAUCAAGUUGGAACCCAUCAGUGCAGCUAAGUUUGAUCCACCAUCGAUCGUGAAGGUUCAAGCGGUGCCUAAAAAGUAUGGCUGCCUAAAUCUGAGCUGGGCGUUAUUUCUGCAGCAGCAAUGGCUGAGUGGCCGGAGCCUAAACCUGGAAAUCCGACUUAAAACUGCUGACAGCAGCGAAUGGAGUGAACAACCAAUCACGGUGGGCCGGGUUAGACCAGUGAACCAGUGCCGUCUCCUGAAUGGGACUCAGUAUCUGGCCCAGAUAAGAGUCAGAUAUCAAGUCCAGAGCCCCUGGAGUGAAUGGAGCAGCAGCCAGUCUGGAGUCACCUUGGAGAGCGCUCCCACUGGACUCCUAGACUGGUGGAUGAAGAUAUCAGAGGAUAACACGCCCAAACAACGCAACAUACAUUUGUUCUGGAAGCCGUCAAAACAAUUCCGAGCCAACGGCCAAAAUGUGUCAUACGUUGUCUCCGUGAAAAACCUGCCAGGUGGAAAUAGAAAGGUGUGCUCUAUAAAGGGGAAUGACUGUACUUUCCAGCUUCCCAGGAGAGUAAAGAAAGUGUACCUGAGUGCUGUAAAUGCAGCAGGGAAAUCCUCCCCCACUGAAGUCCGGAUUUACCUACCAAAAGCUCAUACAGCGAUAUCAGACGUCACAGUCAUUCCUCAUGAUGACAGAUCUCUGUUGGUCCAGUGGAGAAGCCUGGUUUCUUCCAAUCUCACUGGUUUUGUGGUGGAAUGGAGACCUUUGUUACAAACAGACCUCUCUUUCACCCAGUUUGAAAUAACUGACAGAGACCAGACACGCCUUCUUAUAACAGGCAGCUUUGAGCCCUACAAGCCCUAUGGGAUCUCUGUGUAUCCGAGGUUUAAGGAUGGGAUAGGCCUUCCUCAGACUGUUAAUGCCUACUCGAGACAAAAGGCUCCAUCCAUGGUUCCAAAAAUACAAAUUAAAAAGGUCUGGCAGUCACAUAUUGAGUUUACCUGGGAUGAAAUACCAUUAGACCAAAGGAACGGGAUUAUCCAGAGCUACAAAGUCUUCUACUGGGAUAAGAAGGGACCCGUUAACGUUGGGAAUGCUGUCCUGGGAGAGAGGAGGGUGGUCCUGAAAGACCUCAACACUGUGUCUCAGUAUGAGGCUUUCAUGAUGGUUAGCACGUCUGGUGGGAGCCUGAACGGGUCAACGCUUCAUUUUGAAACGGAGUCCUUCGACGUGGUUUUUGUCGUGAUGAUUGUAACUGUGUCUGGUGUUGGAGUGUCAUUGCUGAUUGUCUUCAUGACUUGUUUCUCCAUCAACAAAAGGCUGAAGGUGCGUUUUUGGCCAGCUGUUCCAGAUCCGGCUAAUAGCAGCAUCAAGAGAUGGUCAUCAGAAUCAACACAGGAUUCCCAUCUUCCCUGGGACAACGAGGAGCCCGAUCCAAUGUACCUGUCCCACCUGAGCUUCCUGGACCUCCCUGUGAGACUAGGUAAAGAGGACAUUGACCCCUGGUUAAGCAGUGCAGAGGACACCAGCGACCCGGGAGAGUACAUCUGCGGUUCACCGUUCAUCCCCGGCUACUCUGGUUCAAACAGCGACUCUGUUCCUUACGCUACCGUGAUCUUCUCUGGUCCAUGCAGCAGCCCUACGCCUAAAGACCCUCACGUCUACCUGCGGUCUGAGUCCACACAGCCCCUCUUGGAGUCCGAAGAGUCCUUCAGUCCAAAGUGCUACCAGAAUAUGGCAACUGAUGGGAUGUCAAGUGAGCAAUGUUUCUUUGGACCGUGCCAUGAUGAUUGUGCACCUGAAGAAAGUGUGGACCCAGGCGUUCUGUGGGACGACUUUCCUUUCCUACGAGCGUUAUCCUUGAAUAAUACUCAAAAUGACUAAAAGUACUUUGCUGAUUAUAAGAGUAGCUACUUUGCAAGAUGUUUAUGUAGAUCUGAGUUUGUAAUGAGCCAGUUGUGAUACGUUGAUUCAGCAGAGCACACAGCUGUAAAUGUAUGCCAGAUUUAAUGCUAAAAUCACUUUGAUAUGUAAUGAUUAUGAUGUACUUACUUUGUCUGUACCACACUUUGUAGAUAUGUCACCUCUUUCGAAAAUAAACUUUUUUACCGAAGAAAAUGUA